AUGAAUCAAGAAAUCUACGAAGAACUGCUCUUCGCAAGAACUUUGAUAACCGACACUAAAGAAUUUCUGGAUACUAAAGAUAAAAUUUUAAAAGAAAAUUUAGUGAAGAGGAAAACAGACAUCGCCUAUUUAACAGAUUUCUUUACAAAAUUUAAUAUGGUUAAUUUGCAAUUACAAGGCGACAGUUUAAAUUUGAUUAAAACAAAGUCCAUCUUAACAGCGUUUCUUGCCAGAGUUAAACUAAUGAAGCAAAAUAUUGGACGGGGCGAAUUUUCUCAGUUCCCCAAUUUGUCACAGACAAGCUGCCAGGAAGACGACGUUUCAACUUACGUUCAACAUUUAAAUGCCCUCUAUUCAGAUUUUGAAUCUAGGUUUGAGGAUAUUUUGACUAUGGUAAUACCACCGUGGAUAAUUAAUCCAUAUAGUGACAUAGGAGAAACGAAUGUCAUAAUACAAGAGGAACUGACUGAACUAAGUACAAACGAAGAACUUAAGGUUCAGUUUAAAAACGGAUAUCAGCAAUUCUGGCUGCAAAACAACAUACCCGUUACUUAUCCCAAAGUUGAUGAGUAG